AUGGGUAAAGCCGGUCGCUUUGUCUGCAUCUUCACCCCAUAUGUCCUCACUAUCGCCGCCUUAAUAUGCCUCAUCGUCGUUGGGCUCGGCUCCACAGAUAACGGCACAGACUCGCUCCGCGAUCUGUAUUUCUUCAGAGCCGAUUUACGAGACCUAAACGGUUCCUCAUCCAUACAGUCGACAGUCGGCGAUGUCCUCGACAACCUCAACAUCUCCGUUGACGACGGCGACAUUACCGCCGCUCUCGACGAAGUCCAGAAAUACUUCCGCAUUCCCGACUUCUACAACAUUGGUCUUCUCGGCUACUGCGAGGGCAACGUGACCUCGAGUAACAACUACAAGGUCUCCAACUGCUCCUCGCCCAAAGCCGAGUUCUGGUUCGACCCUGUCAAGGUCUGGAAUCUCGAGACUCUGGGCCUGCAAAACGCCCUUCCCGACAAGGUCGACGAUGCCCUCAACGUCUAUCGCAAUGUCUCGAAAUGGAUGUUUGUCGCCUAUGUGAUCGCCUUCGCCGCUACCGCCCUCGAGCUCCUCCUCGGAAUCACCGCCAUCUUCAGCCGCUGGGGCUCCUGCGUGACGACCCUCAUCGCCAUCGCCGCCUUCCUCUUCACCGCCGCCGCCUCGGCAACCUCAACCGCCAUGUUCGCCGUCGUCGCGGGUGUCUUCAAUGACCAGAUCAAGCCGUACGGUAUCGAGGGACACAUGGGCCGAAACAUCUACGUCGCGACCUGGCUUGCAACCGCCUUUUCGCUCGCCGCUGCGCUCUUCUGGGCUAUCAGCUCGUGCUGCUGCUCCGGCCGUUCACCCUACAACCACCGCCACGGCCGCAACCGCGGCGGAAUCACCGCCGAGAAGGCUCCCUACACCUACGAGCCUGUCGGAAGCGGCGCGUUCCCCUCUCCCCAGCAACAACACUACCACAGCGCGGCUCCUCAGUACCCUCACGCGCCGGAGCGAACGACCUCCUACGAGCCGUUCCGUCACGUCUAA